AUGAAUCCAAAUAGAUCCGACCCUCAUCGAACGCAGUCCCCCGGGGAACCACUGCACGGUUAUCAGCUGGAAGGCAACCCAAACCGAACCCAUUCGUCAGGGAGACCCUUUCGUGGCUAUCAACUGGAGGACAACCGAUACCAGCAAUAUGGACACCUGGAAAUGCCCUCGAGUGACCGUCUAGCCGACCAGCCAACCUACUCCGUUGAAAAUAUACAAAACUCCUAUGGUCACAACGAAGCCUAUGAGACCGCUAACCCAUAUCGAGCCUCCCCCCUGGCGCGCACCGAAUAUACCAUCUCCCCCGAAGCACAUCACGACGCUUACUAUACCCAACCCUACCAACCCACAGCCCCUUCCCCUUCCGAAUACGACGUCCAGCCAUUUCCCUCGCAGACUCCGCAGCCAUACCACGAUGACGAAGUCCCCAUUCUCCAAAAUCCAUACCGCCCGAACCCGCAAUUGAACCCGCAAUUGGCAUACCAGGAGUCCGCCCUCGCUCCAACACCAAGCCCGGCCCCGAUAAGAAGAUGGAAGACCGUAAAGGAAGUCCAGCUCUUCAACGGCAAUUUGGUGCUGGAUUGUCCCAUCCCACCCAGACUGCUUAGCCAGGUCAACCAUGCCAAACCACCAGAGCGCGAUGAAUUUACGCACAUGCGCUACUCAGCAGCGACGUGUGACCCGGCUGAUUUCUACAAUGAACGCUUCACGCUUCGCCAGAGGCUGUUUGCGAAACCCAGGCAUACGGAACUGUUUAUUGUGGUGACGAUGUACAAUGAGGAUGACUUCCUUUUUGCCCGGACUAUGAUUGGUGUCUUUGAGAAUAUUGAGUACAUGUGCUCGCGCACGAAUAGCAAAACAUGGGGUAAGGAGGCUUGGAAGAAAAUCGUCGUCUGCGUUUUCCGCGGCGUGUAA